GUUGUGUGCUGAAUACUGUCACGUCACAAAUUCAGGGAGGCAAUGGGGGGAAACAAAGGAGCUUUUAUUUAUACUUAAAAAGGGGCUUGCAAACUAAACAGACUUUGAGGGGUCAAUAAGCAGGGAACCAAGAUUGGUAAAGGACUGAGGUACACAUGCAGACUAGACUUCAGUGACAGGACUGGGAGGCACUGGAGAAGCUGGAGGGAUCCGCACCAGGGCUGAAAUGAGAGGGGAUGGGGCACAGCCUUCUGUCACAUAAACACAGUAUUGAACACCAAGCUGAUGGACUUCGAGACCUUCCUGCCCAUGUUCCAGUACGAGUCCCAGUCCAUGGACAGGGGCACCUUUGAGGACUUUGUGGAAGGGCUUUGUGUGUUCGACAAGGAGGGAAAUGACACAGUAAUGGGGGCAGAGCUUCGCCACACGCUGGCCAUACUGGGAGAGAAGAUGUCUGAAGGAGAGGUGGAACAGCUGCUUGUAGGACAGGAAGACAGCAAUGGCUGCAUCAACUAUGAAGGUAGCCACAUCCUUCAAUACCUGGAUCUUCUUUGACACUGAACAUCUAGCCGUGAGGCAGUUUGAAUCACCCAGACAUGAAGAUGUUCAGCUAGAAAUGAAGGACCAUAAGACAUGUAGUACUGCCAUCGUGUGGCAUGACAGGCUUGAUCACGGUGUAUCCAUCCAGUAGCCAUCCACUUCUCUGUUGCUUUGGUCAGCUAUGCACAAUUGUUGUUUUUUUGCCUGAAUGAAAGUAAUUUCAAUGAUUAUAAUAACAAUUCUAAAAAGUCCCACAUAGAUUCACAUACUGUUGAAUACAUAAAAAACUUGUUUACUAACUUAAUAUUACACUGAAAAUUCCUUUUUUAAUUUCACCUAUCAAUAGCCUAAUUGCUUUCUUAUGCCAUAUAAAAAUUUGAACCCGAAAAUGGAAUCCAGUAAUAUACAGCUAAAUUGAGACCACUCCAAAGUUUUACACAAAUCUGUAUUUUUAAAUCCUGGUUUAAUCAUGGUUCUGCUGGCUGAAGGCUACACUGAGCAGCAGGUUGCUUCCAAGUUCAAAAUCUCUAAGAAUAAGGUGAAGCAGGAGA